AGGACCUGCCAGUGUGAGAGACUCCUCGUCACAAGGCCAUCACCAAGGGGCUACCUGCCCCUAGGCUGCCAGUCCACAGCAUGCAGGAAACCCUAGCAACAUCGACACUGUCAGCCCCCCGCCGAUCCUCAAUCUUCACGCAGGAAAGGUUCUCCACUGCAGGCCAAACUUCAAGCACAGGCCCCCAGCCCUCAAGGUCCUCAAACAUCCCACCCCCCGGCGAGUCCAAGGGCUGGAAUUCUGGGACCAAAGUACGUCGGAUGCGCAGGAUCAUAGCUGAGGAUCCUGAAUGGUCACUGGCCAUCGUGCCCCUCCUCACAGAGCUCUGCAUUCGGCACAUCAUCAAGAACUUCCAGAACAACCCUAUCCUGAAGCAGCUGCUUCCAGAGCACCAGCAGAAGGUGCUGAGCCACUUGUCACCGGAGCUGCCGCUGGCUGUGACCGCCAACCUGAUCGACGACGAGAGCUACUGGCGCCGCUGCUGCAUGCACCGCUGGCCCGUGUGCCACGUGGCCAGGCACGGCGGCAGCUGGAAGCGCCUGUUCUUCGAGCGGCACCUGGAGAACCUGAUAAAGCACUUCAUCCCAAGCACCACGGACCCCGCCGUGCUCCUCGACCUGCUGCCGCUCUGCCGGAGCUACGUGCGCCGGCUGCGCGUGGACCAGCUCCUCCCGCCCGUGCAGCUGCCCGGCCCACCCCGGACCGGGGAGCUGUCCGACUCGGGCAGCGAGGGGGAGACGGAGGAGCCCGCCACCGACCACUACCAACUGCGCGACCUGGUGGCUGGCCUGAGCCACCUGGAGGAGCUCGACCUGGUGUACGGGGUCAAGGACUGCGGCAUGAACUUCGAGGGGAACCUCUUCCUCUUCACCUAUCGGGACUGCCACUCCCUGGCGGCCACCAUCAAGGCAUGCCACACCCUCAAGAUCUUCAGGCUGACCCGAAGCAAGGUGGACGACGACAAGGCACGUAUCUUAAUUCGCGGCCUCCUGGAUCACCCAGCCCUCGAGGAGCUGGACCUGUCACACAACCUCAUCGGGGACCGGGGAGCGCGAGCCGCAGCCAAGCUGCUGAGCCACAGCCACUUGCGUGUGCUCAACCUGGCCAACAACCAGGUGCGGGCGCCUGGUGCCCAGUCUCUGGCUCACGCCCUGGCACACAACACCAACCUCAUUUCCCUCAACCUGCGCCUCAACUGCAUUGAGGAUGAGGGUGGCCAGGCACUUGCCCACGCCUUGCAGACCAACAAGUGCCUCACAACACUGCACCUCGGUGGCAAUGAGCUGUCUGAGCCCACCGCCACGCUCCUCUCCCAGGUGCUCUCGGUCAACACCACGCUCACCAGCAUCAACCUGUCCUGCAACCACAUUGGGCUGGACGGCGGGAAGCAGCUCCUGGAAGGCAUGUCGGACAACAAGACCCUCCUGGAGUUUGACUUGCGCCUGUCAGAUGUGGCCCAGGAGAGCGAGUACCUCAUUGGCCAGGUCCUCUGUGCCAACCGGGAAGCCGCCCGCCAGCGGACCUUGAAUCCUGGCCACUUCAUGUCACCAGUCAUCGCCAAGGGCCCUGAGAACCCUGCACAAUAA